UUAGACAACCAGAUAGAAGAAUUUAACAUGCGCAGAAACCCAGUUAUACUACCCAAUGAAACAACAAUUGAACAAUCCAGAAGUUGUUUAAAGCCUAUUAUUUUUAUCAAUAUCGACAGACAUAUCGCUUAGACAGAUUAAGACCGCUUUAACAUGCCUAAAUAAAGAUAGACAAGUUGAACAGAUGCAAAAUAUUGAAUGUGAUAUGCAAUCAUUGAAUAAUUUUAUCAAGCAAUCAGAAUUAUAUCAAAGACCGAUACUACGUAUAUCAACUAGAUUGAAGUUAGGUCUAGAAAAGGUUUUUGGUAACUGUCUUAAAAGGUACUCAAGUUACAAACGAAAUGUGAAAAAAGGAAUACCAGCGAUCCCAGCAUCGAAAUUACUUGGCCGGGCUUUCCUAAAUAUGCGAAGGGGAAGUACUUUAAGCAGUGAUGAAUGGAUAAAAUCAAGUAGAAAUGGACAAAAGGAAUUCAGAAAAUUAUUUUAUUCCUCAAAUUCAAAUCUAUUUGAACAACUUACGGCAAACUUUGACAUGGAUGAUCUUUUUGUGUCGAAAGACAAAUUUUCAGCUUCGGAUAGCGAGUCAUUUACUACAUGCCAUCCAGGUUACAUGUAUUUUUUUAUGAUGACAUAUCUGCACUGUCUCAACAAGCAAAUGGAGGAAAAAUUAGAAGGUGCUGUAGGAACGAAUUGGCGAGCCAACAACGUUUGGUAUGGCGUCUCUAUUGACAAAAAGUUAUUGGAUACUGUAUUCAACUCAAUAAAAAAUUUGAAAAAAUCUUUCUUUGGAAGUGGAAUACUCGGGAAGAACGACGAACUUCGAAAAGCAAAAUUCUGCACCCGUGGUGAAGAAAUUCUACCAGCUAUUCAACACAAGUAUCAGCAUUUGGACUUUAGGUUGAAAUCAUACUUUGUUGUUGCACAGAUAUAUUCGAAGCAUAUCCAACUCAGUUUGCAUCAAGUGGUUAAACUGGCAUUACCCGGAGAAGAUCCAGCCUCCAUCAUUAUUCAAGAUGAAAUGAUACAUAUCCAUGAUGUAUAUGAUACACUUUGUAAGAGUAUUAUGAAGAGCCUACAAAUUAAUUGUCAAGUUGACUAUUGUACCACACACCAGAGUGAGGAAGACACACAAUAUGAUUUCCAAUCAUUUGAGAUAUAUAGAAAUAUUUAUCGAAAUUUAAAACCAUGCGUUGUUGAACUUUUGGAAAAAAAUAAAUCAAAUUUGGACAUGGAUUCCAAAAUACAGCUGAAUAUCAACACGGAAUGUGGUUGCAGUAUAAGCAUAUUUCUUCGUGAUAUUAUUGAAUUAGGUCUUAUGCCAGUGAUAGAAAGUUUAGCAACAGAUAUAGUGGCUUCUUUGACCAACAAAAAGUUGUUUAGAAACUAUGUACCGAAUUAUAUUUUUGUGUUUGGAGAUCCGUUUAAUCUGGAGCAGGGUUCAAAGAUCUACAUAGCAUACACCAUGAUUAUGCAAACGGCAAUCGACGACGGCUUAUAUUCUGAAGAAAAAGAUGCGAAGGCAUUUAUACUAAAAGAAACAAUUUUUCAAUUAUUGAAUCCGCUUGUACCUAAAAGGACACCCAAUAUGUUUGAUAGGUUUGUCACUGGAACUUUGUGCCAAGUAUCAAGCGAAACAUAUGGCAUGCGGGUCGAUCUCAAUGGGUUCUUUCCUUUUAUCAGAAUAAACAGUAAUGGUGAUAUCAAAAAUACGAUUGCUGAAGAUGGUAGUUAUUUAGUAUUUAUUCAGAAAGGGAAGCCAGUUUCAACAAAGAGUUUCAGAAUUCAAAUCAAUGAUACAAUGUGUUAGUUUGUUGCUCUGGAUUUUCCUUCUUUUGUACUGAAUAUGACCCACUUUUACUUAGAUAAACCUACCAUUUUAGACAUUCUUCAAUUAGAUAGUUCAACUAGUAAUGUUCCGGAAAAGUAUGCUCUAUUGCGCGACGGCACUCCUGGUGUGACUUAUAACAUAGAAUGCUUUUGGUUAUCGUAUAAUCAUAUCCGAAAUUUGGUUGUAGAAUAUCACCAGAUUAGCAAUAAUUUAUCAAUCAAAGUAUCAAGAGGAUGUCUGGGUUAUGCUGAUGACUACAUUAAUAAUCCUUAUUACUCAACCCUAAAUAUCCUCGAGCCAUUGACACUCGCUUAUAUUUAACAUAUCACUGCUUCCAAUAAAAUCAUACCUGAGUAUCCGCACCUGCUUUAAACCACCAUUUUAA